GGGAGGCGGUGCUGGUCAGGUGCUCUGCGCCGAGGUUGCGUGCAGGUGAGCGGCUGCGGGUUCAAGGGGCGCCGGUCGCUCUCGCCAGCUCCCCGCUAUAGCCCCUGGCUUGCGGAGGGAUCCCCCUCCAGAUUCUCCUUCCCAUCGCCCCCAUCCAGUGCGGUCUGACCGGAUUGCUGCGAAGAUCAUCUUACACUAAACUGAUCAAGUACUUUGAAAAUGACUUCAAAACUCCUCUGGGUGGCUUUCAUACUUGCUGCAUUAACACUGUCAAUUACAUUUUCUCUCCAACCAGACCAGCAAAAGGUUCUUCUAAUUUCAUUUGAUGGAUUCCGUUGGGAUUACUUAUAUAGAGUUCCAACACCCCAUUUUCAUUAUGUUAUGAAAUACGGUGUUCAUGUGAAACAAGUUACUAAUAUUUUUAUUACGAAGACGUACCCUAACCAUUAUACUUUGGUAACCGGCCUCUUUGCAGAGAAUCAUGGGAUUGUCGCAAAUGACAUGUUUGAUCCGAUUCUGAACAAAUCUUUCUCCUUGGAUAACAUGAAUAUUUAUGAUUCUGAGUUUUGGGAAGAAGCAACUCCAAUAUGGAUCACAAAUCAGAGGGCAGGACAUACUAGUGGUGCAGCCAUGUGGCCCGGAACUGAUGUAAAAAUACAUAAGAGCUUUCCUACUCACUACAUGCUUUACAAUGAAUCCGUUUCGUUUGAAGAUAGAGUUGCCAAAAUUAUUGAAUGGUUCACAUCAGAAGAGCCCAUAAAUCUUGGCCUUCUCUAUUGGGAAGACCCUGAUGACAUGGGCCACCAUUUGGGACCUGACAGUCCGCUCAUGGGGCCUGUCAUUUCCGAUAUCGACAACAAGUUAGGAUAUCUUAUACAAAUGCUGAAAAAGGCAAAGCUGUGGGACACUCUGAACCUUAUUAUCACAAGCGAUCAUGGAAUGACCCAGUGUUCUGAGGAAAGGGUAAUAGAACUUGACCAGUAUCUGGAUAAAGACCACUACGUCCUGAUUGACCGAUCCCCAGUAGCAGCCAUCUUGCCAAAAGAAGGUAAAUUUGAUGAAGUCUAUGAAGCACUAGCUCAUGCUCAUCCUAAUCUUACUGUUUACAAAAAAGAAGAGAUUCCAGAAAGAUGGCGUUACAAAUACAAUAAUCGGAUUCAACCAAUUAUAGCGGUGGCUGACGAAGGGUGGUAUAUUUUACAGAAUAAGUCGGAUGACUUUCUGUUAGGCAACCAUGGGUAUGAUAAUGCAUUAGCAGAAAUGCAUCCAAUAUUUUUAGCCCACGGUCCUGCCUUCAGAAAGAAUUUCACAAAAGAAGCCAUGAACUCCACAGAUCUGUACCCACUGAUCUGCCACCUGCUCAAUAUUACUGCCAUGCCACAUAACGGAUCACUCAGGAAUGUCCAGGGUCUGCUCAGUUCAACAGCUCCAAGAGCGAUUCCUUACACGCAGAGCACUACCCACCUCCAUGGUAGUGCCAAACCAAGAGAAAAUGAGCAAGAGGAGUCGUAUGCUUAUUUCCUAGGGGUCUCUCUCGGUAGCAUUAUAGUUAUUGUAUUUUUUAUAAUUUUCAUUAAACAUUUAAUUCGCAGUCAAAUGCCUACCUUACCAGAUAUGCAGGCUGAAAUAACUCAACCAUUAUUACAAGCCUAAUGAUACUUUAAGUGAAGAUUGCCUAAUUAUGGCAGUGUUUAAAGAUUUCAAAUUCUAGGAAACCACUCUCAGACUUUUGCACAGACUAUUAAGCAAUUAUGUACUGUAUAGGCAUAGUGUCUCUCUCUCUCUCUCUCUCUCUCUCUCUCUCUCUCUCUCUCUCUCUCUCUCUCUCUCUCUCUCUCUCUCUCUCUCUCUCUCUCUCUUUCUCUCAUGCACACACAUUGAUGGACCAAAAUACACAUACUUGCAAAAGAUUAAAAAUGUGGAAGUAUGUUUCCAUUGUUUUGUCUGGCAUUUGGAUAGACAAAAUACUGCUUUAUUUGGACUUGGCACAUAAAAUAUAUAUAUUUAGCCACUUUGCACUAUUUAAAGUACCUUGUAUAUUGCACUUUAAAUUAGUCUCUUAAUGGGUACUUUUAUGUGAAAUGCACUUUAUUAACAAUUAUGUCUUAUAACUUUGUUGAAAAAUAUAAUUUUUGCACCCAUGUCACAGAAUACUUGCUAUUUGUUUUUCAAACUGAAUGAAAUUUCUAAUCAUUACCAAACAAUGUAGAAAUCUAUCUUCUUAAAUUGGGAGAGCAAGAAGAAAGUGAAAACUGUUGAAAAUCCAAUGUGACAACCUUUGUACAUUGAAUUUUGGAGAGAUGCGUUUCUUACAGCAGGAUACAUCUGCGGGCAUUCCUUGUCAUAUGUCUUUCCAAAGGACAUAGGUUUUUAUUUUCUUUUCCCAAAAAGGUUCAAUUACUGAUAGAUUCAUUCUAAACAUAUUGUUUCUGUCAUAAAAUUCAUAUUGCUAUUCCCUAAUUGGUCAUUUUACUCUGAUUUUUAUAACACCAUGAAUAUACAUUUCUUUCUUCUGUAGUCCAACACUGGCCUGAAUUUUAGAGACCAGGCAUCAUCUUGGCAAUAUUUUCUCUUACUCUGUAAUUAUUUGUUUCUUUGCAAACUAAAUCACUAUUAAUCACAUUAAAAUCAAAUUAGAUAAAACAAUGUUUUCUUUCUGGUAAUACGUAGUACCAAGUACAAGCAUCUUUUAGAUUUGAAUGUUUGAAGAUCCAGAAUUGCAAGAGAGCAUAACCUCUAUUAGGUAUUAAUACAGUGUAGGCCAUUCAGUCCUUUAAAACAGCUGCAUGGAUCUUGGGGGAAAAAUUAGGCAGGACCAUUUUUCAGUGUACCCAUCACAGUGCUAAAGGCGGCCUGAUAGCAAAAACUAGCAAAAUAACUUUUAGAAAUAACAAGUGUUGAAACAAGAGGCACUGAAAUUAUAGCAUUGUUUCAUGAAAUAUUUGAAUACCUGCUCCCUACAUGCUCAGUGGAAUCAAAGGUGAAUCCAAGUCCACAAAUAGACUUUACCUCCUGGGUAGAUACUCACCUGCCUGGUCAUCUCUGCUUCCAUUCCAUCCACCAAGAGCUGUGCUUUGGAUCUUUUAAGUAGUCGGAUUGAAGAGAGGGAGGCAUUACCUAUGGUUACUUAGAGGAAAGAGGAAGCCCUGGAAAGAACAGCUUUCCUUGAAAACAGAAACUAGUUUAUAGACACAUGGCCCCUAGAAAAUAUUGUGAUUUCAUGUAUAUGCACUGACUGGCUAAUUAGGUAAAAUGGUAAAUGUAUUUUAGGAAGAAAGGAUAAAUCAGAUGUAAAAAAUAAAAGUGGCAUGAUUAAAAAUACAAUUGAAUGUAAGUGCUUCCUACAACAAGGUGGGUGAAUUGCUUUUAGAAUGAUACCAAUAAAAAAUGUUAGCACCUAGUUCUCAUUUCAUUAUACAACCUCUUCAUAGGAUAGAAUGGAAUCACUGGAAAUGUUACUGUGGAUUAAAAAGCUGAGAAGUUAGACGGUAGGUGGCGAACUCCUGAAAAAGUCUGAACUCUGGAUUAGACACUCGAGAAUAUCUGACCAUAUUCUGUUGGUCAUGUUGGCUUGUUUUGUAGCUAUGAACUUUAUCUGCCUUCUGGAGAUGGCAGUAUAACAACGGAAAGAGGAAAUUCAUCUAUUUAAAACCGUUACUAUUCAAGUGCUAUCUGUACGUUUAAACUAAUUGUUUCAUUCAAUUCAUUUCAGAUUUUAGAAAGUGCUGUUCCUUAGCAGUAAGAAGAAAGUAAAUUCUGUAACUUUGAUGAAAUCAUUAAAAUUGUGAUAUGAAGAUUUGAUUAUUGAAUGGUUUCUUUUAUUUACAGACACUUAUUUUCCUGUAAAAUAUCAGCAGGAGAGUUUACCUGAAAGAAAAUAAAAUUUUAAACUUUGCUGG